CCCAUGACCUUCAAGCUUGUUAUCUGAACCGUGAAGCAGAACCAAGAGAAAGACAAAAUAUGGGGAACGACACCGAGGAUGGAAAACCGCAUGAAGAUUCACCGCCCGCUGCGGUUGGAUUUUGGGAUCCGUCGUUGAAGCAUGUUCGAAAUCGCGCAUUCGGAAAAUGGCUUGUCACAACUGCCAUCUUGAUGGCAUUCAUAUUAAGUGUGCUAUCACUCUAUUGGGGCGUGUUCUUUCAAGUCCAAAAUCGGUUACCGCAUCUCUCGAUCUAUGUUGUGGAUUUUGAUGGGCAAGCUCCAUACGAUACGAACGAGCCCUUUGUUGGACCUACCAUUACUCGACUGGCAGAACAAAUGGUUAAUUCCGAUGAGCCAACACUAGGAUUCAGUAUCCGAUCUCCAGCAGAAUUUAACAACGACCCAAUUCAAGUCAGACAAGCGGUCUACAACUUCGAUACCUGGGCCGCCAUCAUCAUCAAUGCGAACGCGACUUCGCUUCUUUACUCUGCGAUCGAGACGGGGAAUACAUCGUAUGAUCCUCUUGGUGCCUGCCAGCUAGUAUAUCAAGACGCGCGGGAUGACACCAACUGGUUCGACUUCAUCCUCCCAAUAAUGAGCAGUUUCAUGACCGAAGCCCAAAGCAAAGUAGGCCAGCAAUGGGCUCAAAUCGCCCUCGGCGCCGCUUCCAACAAUCUCACUACUCUCUCUAACAUGCGAUCGACACCGCAAGCUCUCAACCCAGCCAUAGGCUUCUCAGAAUAUAACCUUCGCCCUUUCUUCCCAUACACCGCCAUCCCCGCAGUCAGCAUCGGCCUCAUCUACUUAAUCAUCAUCUCCUUCUUCUCCUUCUCCUUCUACCUCCCGAUCCACAUGCAGUACCUCAAUCCGAAAAACCAUCCGCCGCUUAAGUUCUACCAGCUAAUUAUCUGGCGCUGGUGCGCCACUAUCACCGCGUAUAUUUUUCUUUCGCUGGCAUACUCGUUUAUAUCGAUGGCAAUGCAGAUCAACUUUACGACUACGAACCCGGUCACGUCGCAGACGCAGGUCACUGAGACGGCGUACGGGAACCCAAUCUCGUAUGGAAACGGCACAUUCCCUGUGUAUUGGAUGUUGAACUUUUGGGGAAUGGUUGCGCUGGGGUUGGCGUGUGAGAAUGUGGCUAUGGUUGUUGGGGCGCCGUGGAUGGGGAUGUGGUUGAUCUUUUGGGUCAUCUCGAAUGUGUCGACAGCUUUCUAUGACAUCGAAAUCGCACCUGGGUUUUAUCAGUGGGGUUACGCAUGGCCUUUACACUCCGUUGUUGAGGGAAGUCGCUCAAUCUUGUUCGACCUACAUUCACGUAUCGGACUGGACUUUGGGAUUUUGAUCGCUUGGGGCGCGGUAAAUACGCUGUUCUUCCCUUUCUGUUGCUGGUUCCAACGCUGGAAGAGUCAAAGAGGAGUUCACGAAUAUUGGCCUAUGGAAUGA